AUGGAAAUUGUGGGCUGGAUCGGUUUUACGCAGAGGGAGCGGACGUGGACCGUCCAGUGGUCGUUCGCCCGUGAACGAGGAGGAAACUGGCGAGUAGUCAAGCAGUAUUGGUGUGUGGUGCUGCUUGACGAAACCAAGAUCUGCCCAAAAGGAGACGAAACCACCCUCCUAUCUACGGAGGAGAAUGGCUCCUUGCUGGACCAGCAUCAGGGUCACGUUUCGCAGAUAAGUCGUCGACUGAAUAAUCUUUUUGCUUUCUCCGCAAUCGGCACCACGGGCCGCUACGUGCCGUUUUACGGACGCGCGAAUCUGGAACGCAUAUCAUCCGGCCUUGCCGCCUGCGAAACAUGA